GGGGGGGGGGGGCUUCAGCACGAGUUGAGGUCUGACAAGCACCCGGACUUGAAGCUGCGCAGACGGGGAAACGCGAGCGAUGUCGCCCGCGGGGGAGCGUCGCUCGCCGGAUGCUCGCGCGGGCUCCUCGCGGUGCCUUUGUGGACCGGAUACGGACUGGGGCUGACGGAUGUUUGCGCAACGAGUGGAUUUUUGUGCGUGAGAGCGUCAGGACAUGUUUCUUUAUUAUCCAUGUGCAAACAUAUGGAAAGUGCACUGAAGUUUUCCCCAUCAACAAAGACUUCCCCCCCCCCAUAUUUCCUGGGUUUCACUAUAGGACAUUCCAUGUUUUUAAUUAAGUGAACCCCAGCAUGGAGCUUAACUGGGCUUUUUUUCUGCUCCCGCUCUGGGCUGUGGGAGCAGCCUUCUCUGGGGUCCUCAACGCAACAGACAGAGACGUUAUGACGGAUGAUUUGCUGCAAGUACAGCUGGCCGGGGAGCGAGUGGCUGAGAAGCAGGCGGCGUUUUCCCACCCGGGUCUUUAUUUCGGCCCGGGGGACUUACAGCAAAUGAGGCAAAGGUCUUUAGGCAGCCACAGCCACAUAUUUAAAGUCAUCCGUGCCGCCGCGCUCACCAUGCUGUCCAACGGACCCUCGUACCUCCCGCCCGCAAAGCAUGAAGAGUUUACAAGCAAGUGGAACGAGAUUUAUGGUAACAAUCUACCUCCCCUGGCGCUGUACUGCCUGCUGUGCCCCGAGGACUCCACCGCUCUGCAGUUCCUGAUUAAGUUCAUGGACAGGAUGGCUGAGUACAUCAACUGGAAGGUAACAAGCGCGCCCCAUGACGAGGUCCCUAUGGCACACUCCCUCACGGGGUUCGCCACGGCGUACGACUUCAUUUACGCCUACCUGGAUGUACGUCGGCGGGACGUUUACCUGAAGAAGAUCCGCUCGCAAACGGCGCUUCUGUACUCGUUCUCUAAGUAUAGAGGCUGGGGCCGGCAGUACCUUCACAAUCACCAGACCACCAACGUACUGGCGCUUCUGAUCGGGGCCAUCGUAGUGGGCUCUCACGAUGACCCGGAGUCUAUGCUUUGGAAACAAGUGGCUGUGAACUACAUGGAGAAAACUAUGUUCCUGCUCAACCACAUAGUAGACGGAACGCUUGAUGAAGGAGUGGCAUACGGGAGCUACACAGCCAAGUCCAUCACGCAGUACGUGUUCAUAGCCAAGCGGCACUUCAGCAUCGACAACACGCAGAACCACUGGCUGAUGGAACACUUCUGGUUCUACUACGCCACUCUUCUACCAGGCUUCCAGAGGUCUGUGGGCAUCGCCGACUCCAACUACAACUGGUUCUACGGGCCAGAGAGCCAACUGGCGUUCCUCGACACCUUUGUGCUGAGGAACGGCACGGGGAACUGGCUGGCUCAGCAGAUCCGCAAGCACCGACCCAAGGACGGCCCUAUGGGACAGUCGUCGGCGCAGCGCUGGGCGACGCUUCACACAGAGUACAUUUGGUACGACGCCCGCCUGUCCCCGCAGCCUCCCCGUGGAUUCGGCAAAGCCAACUUACACAUUUUUUCCAACUGGGGCGUCGUGACUUACGGUGCCGGGCUGCCCAGCGGUCAGGGUAACACUUUUGUUUCGUUCAAAUCUGGCAAGCUGGGCGGCCGCGCGGUCUACGACAUCGUCCAUGAAAAACCAUACACCUGGGUGCAAGGUUGGAACAGUUUUAACCCGGGUCAUGAGCACCCAGACCAGAAUUCUUUCACCUUUGCCCCUAACGGGCAAGUGUUUGUGUCCGAAGCACUUUAUGGACCAAAGCUUAGCUAUCUCAACAACGUGCUGGUGUUCGCACCGUCGCCUACGAGUCAGUGUAACGAUCCGUGGGAGGGUCAGCUGGGCGAGUGCGUCAAGUGGCUGCGCUGGAAUGACGAAGGGGUGGGCGAUACUAGCGGCGAGGUGAUCGUGGCGUCAGCUCACGGGGACGCAAUGUUCACCAGCGGGGAAGCUGUGUCAGCAUAUUCGUCUGCCAUGAAGUUGAAAAGUGUGUACAGAGCUCUGGUCUUGCUCAAUUCUCAAACACUUCUCGUUUUAGAUCAUGUAGAGAAGGCGGCCGACUCGCCCGUCAGGUCGCUCAGCGCCUUCUUCCACAACCUAGACAUUGACUUUAAAUAUGUCCCGUUCAGGUUCAUGGACCGUUACAACGGCGCAAUGAUGGACGUGUGGGACGCGCACUAUAAAAUGUUUUGGUUUGAGAGCGGGGGCUAUAGUCCGGACACCCGUAUACAGGAGGCGGAACAGGCGGCUGAAUUUAAAAAGAGGUGGACUCAGUACGUGAAUGUCACUUUCCCAAUGUAUGGCACUGUUAGCAGGACAGCUUAUGUAUUCCACGGACCGUAUGUCAAAUUGUCGAGCUGUAAAUUUGUAGAUAACGGCAAAAAUGGUGUAAAAAUAGCUUUGAUGAUCAAUAACACAGAGACUACUGUGUCCAUAGCGACAAAUUACAAAGACAUUGGGGCGAGGUCGGCUUAUUUAGGCUUCGGGGGUCACUGUAAGGUGGAGGAUCGAUACCAGAUCACUCGAUUCGGCGUCGGGACGCAGGCUGUCCCUAAACAUAUGAAUGGUGACAAUCAGCUUUUUGAUUUUGCUUUUACGCUUAACGUGAUGGCGGGUUUAAUCCUCUGCGGAGUCGCUGCCUUCCUCGCCAUGCAGAGAAAGUUUUACGACGUGUGCUUCAGGCUUCGGAGGCUGAUGCGCUACGCCCUGCUCGCUGUCCUCUUUCUGUGGAUAGCCGGACUUCUCUUUGUGUCUAACAGCUGCGAUCGGCUGCUGUGUGGUGUCAAGUGGAAAAGUGAGGGUGACCUGCAAGCGCGGCUGCAUGAGCAGCGCCAGCUCCCUCUCCCCACGGUUCUUAUCGUGACUCUACCCGGCUCCGGCGCGGAGAUCCUCAAGCAUCUUUUUUACAACAACUCGGACUUUGUGUACAUCCGGGUGCCCACCGAGCACUUGGACAUCCCGGAGACAGAGUUUGAGUUCGAUUCUCUGGUGGAUGCUUGCGAGUGGUCCCGAUCCGAAGCCCGACAGGGACGCUUUAAGAUGAUCCAAGGCUGGCUCCACUCGCUGGUCCACAACACCAAGCUGCAUCUGCAGAAUAUUCAGCUGGCAGAGAGCGAACACAACUGGCCGCCUCAGCGUGGUGCCUCCAAUUCGGACAAAAAGAAGCAAUCCAGGCGGAGGGAGCCGGCGGGGGAGUCGAGAGCCAAGCCGCGAGCCACCUCGGACAGAGACGUGGAGUACAUCCGGGAGCUGAGACGCCACACGGCCGAGUUCCCAAACAGUCGCGUUGUUCUGAACAUGCGAAGCGGGAGCUGGACGCUGAAGCUUCCGUUCAUACGGGAAGUCGUCGGGCCAUCUCUGAAGACCCUCUAUGUGGUGAGGGACCCUCGUGCGUGGAUUUAUCUCAUGUUGUAUAACAGUGAGCCCAGCUUAUACUCCCUGAAGAACAUCCCUCAGCACCUUUCCUUGAUAUUCAAGGAAGCUACGCUCGGCUGCCCGAGCGAAGCGCCGGAAUUUAACACCCUCAGACGGCUGCUGUCCCGCGGGGAGAGUGACCCGGUGCUGAUUCUUGCUCACCUGUGGCUCGCCCACACCGCCGCCGCGUUACGGGUCAGCCAAAGCCUCCCCGAGGACUCCUACCUCCAAGUGCGCUUCGAGGACGUAGUCAACUCCCCGCGUGGGACGGCGGAGCGCAUCCAUGCAUUCCUGGGGGUGCCGGUGUCACCCGCCGCCCUCAACCAGCUGGCGUUCACCACCUCCACCAACUUGUACAACCUUCAGUACGAGGGGGACAUAUCGCCGGCUAAUAUCGCGGUGUGGCGGCAGAAAAUGCCGCGACGGGACGUGAGGGUGGUGGAGGACGUCUGCGGGGGCGUCAUGAAGCGGCUCGGGUACGGACGCUCUCCCGGAUAACUCUACACUGCUGUCCAUGUUUGCACUGAUUUGAAACUUGACAUACUACAAGAAAUGGGGGCAUUUUACAUUAAAAUGAAUGUGCAAGAGCUUGUCAUUCACUUACUGAGUGUCGAGCAGAAUUGUUUGUCUUAGUAAGAAAGGACCAACUUUGAGUCUUUGAGACUUUGAAUCUGUGACGUCAGCAUCUGUUUUUAAUGCUGCUGUUUCGGGAGGCGUGUGAUGAAAGUAUUUAUUGAUUCUGUAUGGUUUUGGGGAUUUUUUUUUUUUUUUUUGGUCAAGGGUAAGGUGUGUUUUGUUGGGCGUCCUUAGUUGUCAGAGAGGAAAAAUGUGAGUGGGAUUAAAGUGAUGUAGGUAUCAGACAUCAGAUUUAAUGUUAUUGUUUGUUAAGAAGGUCAUGAUUAUCAAAUUUUAGUGGGGAAAAAAAUCAAGUGAAAGAAAAUAUGCUGUUAAUGAAGGGAUUAAAAAAAGCUAACUACUAUCGACAACUAUUUUGAUAGUCCAGUCCAAUAACACAUUGGGUGACAUUGACGGCGGUAGACGUCCAAUCCAUUUGAACUAUAACGACCUCCCAAUUCAAAUGGAUUGGACGUCAAUUGGGAAAAACCCCGUUAAAUUUACAGCAGGAGGGUGAAAAGAGCCACAGUCAAAGUGAAAUAUUUUUAUCUUGGAAAACUUUCUCACUAGUCUUUUGUUCCAAUGCACAUUUCCAGUUAAAAUUUUAACCCCAGAGUUAUAUAAAUAUGAAACAAUUAGUUGACUCAUUGCAAGAACCGGGUUUCCCGCAGAAAACUUGCAAAGCCUGCUGGGAAGGGAAAAAAUGUUAACCUAGGUCAGAGGUCGGCAACCUUUAACACUCAAAGAGCCAUUUUGACCCACUUUCCACAAAAAAGACAUCACUGGAGCCAGGGCCGGCCCAGCCUAUACGCAGACUAUGCAGCUGCUUAGGGCCCCUGACCACUAGGGGCCCCCUAAUCUGGCAAUUGUUUAAUUUAUAUUCUAUUUUGUUUACUACAGUUUGCUUCAUUUGACUUUUGUGAGUUUUCAUACUUGAGUACAAGCUUAAAAAAAUAAAAGUUCUUCCUUCUUUCUUUCCUCUUUUAGAAGAAGGUUUGGCACUAUCUACUGUAAGUACUGACAAUCAUUUGGGGUGAGAAGCUUGAAGUAUGCAGUGCAACAAAAUCGGAUUAAUAUACAAAAUAUGGACGUAUGGGUUGGAUUGUAUGUAUGGGGUUCACAGUACACUGUGACGAAAUGGUGGGCCAAAAAUAUGGGCCCCUUUGCAUUAUUUUGCUUAGGGCCCCCAAAUGGCCUGGGCCGGCCCUGACUGGAGCCGCACGUACAAGUAUUGUAGACCAGGGGUCCCCGAACUUUUUCCUGUGAGGGCCACAUAACUUUUCCCUUCUCUGAUGAGGGGCCGGGGUCAGUUUGUAACAGAAAAAGUGUGACGAUUGCAGGAGUGCCUAAAUGUAUAAAUUUAUUGUUUUUCAGAAAGCCACAAUCAAAUAACCCUUUCUGGAUUCAUCACGGAACAAAAGUAGAUAAAAUAAAAAUAAUAAUAAUCCUUUGCAGAACAAUAGGGCCUUCGCACCAUGUUGGCGCUCGGGCCCUAAUAAUAUAAUGUAAUAUAAUAUAAUAUAAUAUAGUGUAAUAAUACCACAAUUAAUUAAAUAGAAAAUAACCAAAUAACCCUCUCUGGGUUCUUCACAGAAAAAAGCCAGGAAAUAAAUAACGCUAUUGGGAAAAAAAAAAAAAAAAAUCAAAAUGCUCUCUGGUAUUGUUCAGGGGCCGGACCAAACGUGGAGGCGGGCCCUAUCCAGCCCGCGGGCCAUAGUUUGGGGAGCCCUGCUGUAGACAUUUGAAAUGAUUGCAUCAGCACGAUUUUAUAUAUACAUACUGUGUAUACUGUAUGUAUUCGGUGUUGCAUAUUUGAGUCCCUUUAGUAGCCUUUGCGCCUGUGAAUAGUACAAAGGCUUAGUGGUAACCAUGACUUUACAUAGUUGGUGAAUUAAUGAGCUGAACUAAGUGAGGUCGCGUAUUUGCUCCUGGGAAUGGUGCAGCGACUUGGCGGUACAUCUCCUGGUGGGUAACCAUAACUUUACAUAGUGGGUGAAUUCAUACGUGAGUAUUCUGUUAACAAACACACAAAACUGAGCCUGUCCUGCCUACUAUAAGAAAGUUAAAUUUCUUACUUAAAUCUCACAAGUGGCAGGAUAAAUUUGAAACCCAUAAUCUUAUAUUCAAUAUAAUACAGAGCCGCAUGGGGCUCCAGAGCCAUGGGUUGCAAACUCCUGACCUUGGUUAUAGCUAGUUGGUCAUUCAUAUAUUUGAUGCAUGAAAUUUGAACAAUGUGAUAUUUUUCUUCCCUGAAAAGAAGUGAUCAUAUACAGUGCAUCACAAAAGUGAGUACACCCCCCGCAUUUUUGCAGAUAUUUAUAUCUUUUCAUGGGACAGCACUAACAAAAAAAUGACACUUUGACACAAUGAAAAGUAGUCUGUGUACAGCUUAUAUAAAAGUUAAUUUAUUUUCCCCUCGAAAUAACUCAAAAUAAAGACAUUGAUAUCUAAAUCCCUAGCAACAAAAGUGAGUACACCCCUUAGAAACUACGUACAUCCCUAAAUGUCCA